CUAAAAUAAUAAUGUCAAAAAGUAGCAACCCCACACGUUGGCCUGUUUGUAGUGGCGUUUUUCCCGGCUACACACACACACACGCACGCACGCACGCCGGAGUUUUGUGUGUAGCGUUAGCACCACAGUAGCAAGGUAGCGAGCGGGCGGACAAGCCGGUCGGAUCGCUUCGGGCUCAACCGCGGAGACGCCAUGCUACCUUCGUUCGGGUUCACCCAGGAGCAGGUCGCCUGCGUGUGCGAGGUCCUGCAGCAGAGCGGGCAGAUCGAGCGCCUCGGCCGCUUUCUCUGGUCUCUGCCCGCCUGCGAACACUUACAUAAGAACGAGAGCGUGCUCAAGGCAAAGGCAGUGGUCGCCUUCCACCGAGGAAACUCGGAGUUGUACAAGAUCUUGGAGAGUAACCAGUUCGGGCCUGAGAAUCACCCCAAGUUACAGCAGCUAUGGUUGAAGGCACAUUAUAUGGAGGCCGAGAAGUUGCGAGGCCGGCCGCUCGGCGCCGUGGGGAAGUACCGUGUCCGCCGAAAGUUUCCGCUGCCCCGUACCAUCUGGGACGGCGAGGAGACCAGCUACUGCUUCAAGGAGAAGUCCCGGGGCGUGUUACGGGAGUGGUACGCUCACAACCCGUACCCUUCCCCGAGAGAAAAGAGAGAGCUAGCCGAGGCCACGGGCCUGACCACGACCCAAGUCAGUAACUGGUUCAAAAACCGGCGGCAGCGGGACAGGGCAGCCGAAGCUAAAGAGAGGGAACAACAAGAACAGACCAAACUGGGGCCGGACCAAGUUGGCCAGCCUGGCGAGGACCAAGUGGAUAGAAACCCUGGGGCCGAGCUGCAACACGAGGACAGUAAGCAGAACAUAGUAUUCACGUCCAUGCAGAACCCGGGACAGAAUUCCGUAACACCGACCGAUAUGAACACUCCGAUGGGCACACUAGCGCCGUCCGGUCCGGGGCCGGCGGGGCCGAGCGCCGUCGCCGUAAGUAACUCGGACGUUCUAAACCCCCAGUCUAUGCAGGGUGCCAUGAUGGCGACUAUGGCCUCAGACCUGGUCAGCUUAGGGCCCUAACACUUGCCUCAGCCACAGGACUAGCGUGGCACGAGCCCAAAGACACUUCUCAUAUAGCCAUGAGAAAGAAUACUUACAUAUCCGCGCUUAUAACAAUCAAAUACAAGGAAGUUACUAGUAUAUACAACAGCACACAAGUUGUUACCAGUUACCAAAAUACAACCCACAAAAAACUACAGACGGUUUGAAAACUCCAAGAAGAUGCAGUAAGAAUAUCGUGGAUGUACAAAUAACGUUUUUAGUUUUGUACGAGUGCCAUCUUGUGCUGUGUUCUUUUUUUAAUUUUUUGGUUGUUGUUGUUGUUGUUGUUGUAGUCUUUACCGUCUGUAUGUGCGCACUUGCCAAAGUAUUGUUGUAAAUAAUCCUAGGAUAUAGGAAAUAGGUUGUUAUACUGUUGUUGCGACCAAGAUAGUUAAAGCCGUGGGGCUUCGCUGCCGUGGUGUUUUUAGUACUAACUAGACUCAUGUCAUCUGCAAACACAGUUCUUUAUCCCCCUCAGAGCUUAGCUUAUACCUCAGUUGUCAGGCGUUACUCGGAGCUGAGAAAGCGUAGCACAGACCCCAGCCUUAUCCUACCUGUGUUAUCCACAAACUCCUACAACUGUUACCAUGUAAUAUACUUCUUACCGCCAAAUCGUUCAAGACUGUUAGAGCUUUCAACGUUCUAGCCCCGGAUAUAUAGUUAGCUACAAGCUAUGUAACUGGUCGAUGGAUAUGUGCGCAUCUUAUAUUUUUUAAAGCGUUUGUUCAUAUCUCAUGAAUAUUGUUCAAAAUUUUGCUUGUUUCAACUGAAACUUCUCUCCCCAUUAGUAUGAAUAAAAUUCAUACGACGAUGUAUAUUUA